CCUCUGCGCUGCAGCCCCCGCCGUAGCAGCCUCUGAGCCCGCCGCCACCGCCUCUGAGAAGAUGGCUGUGCCACCUACGUAUGCCGAUCUUGGCAAAUCUGCCAGGGAUGUCUUCACCAAGGGCUAUGGAUUUGGCUUAAUAAAGCUUUAUUUGAAAACAAAAUGUGAGAAUGGAUUGGAAUUUACAAGCUCAGGCUCAGCUAACACUGAGACCACCAAAGUGACGGGCAGUCUGGAAACCAAGUACAGAUGGACUGAGUACGGCCUCACGUUUACAGAGAAAUGGAACACUGACAAUACACUAGGCACUGAGAUUACUGUGGAAGAUCAGCUUGCACGUGGACUGAAGCUGACCUUCGAUUCAUCCUUCUCACCUAACACUGGGGAAAAAAAUGCUAAAAUCAAAACAGGGUACAAGCGGGAGCACAUUAACCUGGGCUGCUACAUGGAUUUCGACAUUGCUGGGCCUUCCAUCCGGGGUGCUCUGGUGCUGGGUUACGAGGGCUGGCUGGCCGGCUACCAGAUGAAUUUUGAGACUGCAAAAUCCCGAGUGACGCAGAGCAACUUUGCAGUUGGCUACAAGACUGAUGAAUUCCAGCUUCACACUAAUGUGAAUGACGGGACAGAGUUUGGCGGCUCCAUUUACCAGAAAGUGAACAAGAAGUUGGAGACCACUGUCAAUCUUGCCUGGACAGCAGGAAACAGUAACAGGCGCUUCGGAAUAGCAGCCAAGUAUCAGAUUGACCCUGACGCCUGCUUCUCCGCUAAAGUGAACAACUCCAGCCUGAUAGGUUUAGGAUACACUCAGACUCUAAAGCCAGGUAUCAAACUGACACUGUCAGCUCUUCUGGAUGGCAAGAACGUCAAUGCUGGUGGCCACAAGCUUGGUCUAGGACUGGAAUUUCAAGCAUAAAUGAAUACUGUAUAAUUGUUUAAUUUUAAGCUAUUUUGCAGCAUAGCUACCUUCAGAAUUUAGUGUUAUCUUUUAAUGUUGUAUGUCUGGGAUGCAAGUAUUGCUAAAUAUGUUAGCCCUUCAGGUUAAAGAUGAUUCAGCUUUAAGAUGUUACCCUUCCAGAGGUAUAGAAGAAACCCUUUUCUAAAAAAGGUCCUUUCGGUGGUAGACUCGGGGGGAACUUGGUGGCCCCUUUGAGAUGCCAGGUUUCUUUUUUAUCUAGAAAUGGCUGCAAGUGGAAGCUGAUAAUAUGUAGGCACUUUGUAAAUUCAUAUUGAGUAAAUGAAUGAAAUUGUGAUUUCCUGAGAAUUGAACCAUGGUUUCCUAACCCUAAUUGAUGAGAGGCUCGCUGCUUGAUGGUGUGUACAAACUCACCUGAAUGGGACUUUUUUAGACAGAUCUUCAUGACCUGUUCCCACCCCAGUUCAUCAUCACCUCUUUUACACCAAAAGGUCUUCAGGGUGUGGUCACUGUUUCUUUUGUGCCAUUUUGUGGUGGAGGAGGUAGAUG